UUCCCCGUACAUCGGGAAGUCGGGUUCGAUACUGCGUAAGCUGUCAGUGGCCUGAUAAACCCUAAAAACAAACGCUAUACCACGUGGACUUCUGCAUGGCCUUAAGUAGCAGAUAAGUUUAGACACAGUGAAGGAGGAGCACCAUUCAGUAGCUCCACUUUUCCGCUCUAUGGAUAUUUCACAAUUUUGGUGGAAAGCUAGUUACUGAACUUACGUUCUCUUGGGCCCAAGUCCAGGAAAAAUCUCACCAUCUUGUGGUAUUCGUUAUUCGCACUAAUCGGUAUCUAGCUGGAUUUGCAUAAAGGAACACUGCUGUAGACCUACUGGCCCAUACUAAGCAGUUUAACCAGGAAAUAUGCUGCAACAACUGAAUGCUAUAUCCAAGGGGCUUUUAUCAACAGUUUUAAGGUCCACUGCAUAUCGAAGAAUUCAUCAUGAAUCGUGUGGCAUUGCCAUUAGCAUGGAAGUCAAAGAAGCACUCUCAUCGUGUCAACCAGUUGUUGCAUUAGAGUCCACAAUUAUCACUCAUGGAAUGCCAUACCCACAAAAUUUUGAAACAGCUGUGAAGGUUGAAGAUAUUAUCAGAAAAGAGGGAGCGGUGCCUGCUACCAUAGCUGUUAUCAAGGGUCAGAUUUAUGCAGGACUCACUUGUGAGCAACUACAUUUCUUAGCCUCCAAAAAGGAUCAGUGUGUAAAAAUAUCACGUAGAGAUUUUCCAUAUGUUUUGGCAAAGGGUAUCAGUGGUGGAACUACAGUCUCAGGAACAAUGAUGGUGGCACAAAAGAUAGGUAUUCCUAUAUUUGUGACUGGUGGAAUUGGAGGAGUUCAUCGUGGGGUAGAGUGUACACUGGAUAUAUCUGCAGACCUCACUGAACUUGGUCGUACACCAGUAACUGUUGUGUCAGCAGGUGUCAAGAGUAUUCUUGAUGUGUGCAAAACAUUAGAGUAUUUAGAAACACAAGGUGUAUGUGUUACUGUUUUGGGACCUGAUCCUAGGUUUCCAGAUUUUUUUACAAGAGAGAGUAGUUACUCUGCUCCUUGUCACAUAGAGUCCCCAGUUGUAGCUGCAUUAAUGAUGAAGAAAAGAGCAGAGCUUAAGAUAAAUUCUGGAAUUCUGAUUGCUGUGCCCAUACCACAAGAACAUGAAGCAGAAGGAAAACAAAUCAAGGAUGCUAUUGAGGAAGCAGUUAAAGAAGCAGAGUUAGCAGUGAGUGGCAGAGAUGUGACCCCAUACAUCUUACAACGAGUACAUGAAAUAACUGGUGGCCAGAGUCUGAAGGCCAAUGUUGCCCUCAUCGAGAAUAAUGCCAAGAUUGGCACACAGAUUGCUGUCGAGUAUUCCAAGCUAAGGACUUCUUCAUCAAGUUGUGCUUUCCCUGGAUAUUGUCCUACUAAGAAAAAUGAGGCUUCAGAAGUUCAAGAAAAACCUGUGGUGAUAGGUGGCAGCAUUGUCGAUUUUGUUGCAACAGUAAUGGAACCAGAAAUUAAGGUUUCUGGAGAUCUUCUCCACAUUCAUCAUCACUCAAUGAGAAGGCAAGUUAAACAACAAUGUGAGGAUCAGUUCCACUCGUCAGCAAACUCCAAUAGUAGUGGCUAAUAAAAUAGUGAGAACAGUGUGAUGCCUGUACUUAUAAAUAAACAGUCUAAAUUUAUAAUCUGCUAAUAGUUGUGCAUUAUUUUACUCUCAGUAUGCAAUAACUGACGAACUUUUGUACUCCAGUAUACCACAUCUCAAGCAUGCCU